CGGCGCGGAGCAUAUAUAAGACAAUCGGCGACGUACAGCAGCCAGAAUCCUUCGUCCAGCUGACACAAUGAACGCCAAGGUACUGUUCCUCCUGGCCGUGCUGGCCGCCGCCGUUGCUGACAAGCCCCCGACUAGCUACGGCAUUCCGGACUCCCGCUCCCACGAGGACUCGUUCGAGGAUGCCAAGUACGAGUUCGAGUGGUCCGUGAAGGACGACUCCUCCGGCAACGACUUCGGCCAACAGGAGGCCCGUGACGGAGACAACACCCAGGGGUCGUACUACGUGCAGCUGCCCGACGGCCGCCUGCAGAAGGUGCAGUACUCCGUGGACGGCGACUCCGGCUACCAGGCCGAGGUCAACUACGAGGGCGAGGCCCGCUACCCCGACUCUCGUUCCCGCGAGUCCCUGUCCCGCGAGUCCCAGUCCCGCGAGUCUUACCGCCCCCCCAGGCCCACCUACUCCGCCCCCUGAGCUACAACACUCCUCAACGCUGACCCAGAAACGACGUGACGGGCUUACGUUUGCUCUAAUUUAUUGAUAGUAUGUUAUUUAAUAAAUAAUAAAACGAGAACUUGU